AUGUACACAGCCGGGACAUUCUCCGUAAGAUUCUGCGGACUCCACGAGGUCCAGAAAUUCUUCUAUAAUGUCCACUCCCUCCUGAAGUUCUCUGGUUUUGGGACGCACGUUGUCGUCGAUACCAGUGCCACCAUUGGUGCCAAUUUUGGUUACAUCUCUUUCGUUUCCAUCGUCGUCUCGUAUGCGUGCAUUUUCCGGGCCCUGUUGAGGAUGCCAGCCGCCGAGAGCCGAGCAAAAGCCUUCUCUUCCUGCCUGCCCCACCUUGUCAUGGUCACCAUCUUCCUCUGUAUGGCCGCCAUCUCCUACCUCAAGCCCAUGUCAGACUCCUCCUUAGCUCUGGACAUACUGGUGUCCAUGUUCUACGCCGUGGUUUUUCUGAUGGUCCUGUUUGCCGGCUCAGAGCUGUUUGUCCUCACGGCGAUGUCCUAUGACAGCUACGUGGCCAUCUACCACCCCCUGCGCUAUAGGGUCGUCGCCAACCAUGGGGAUUGCGUCUCUGGUUCUGGGACGCACGUUGUCACAGAUACCAGUGUCUCCAUUGGUGCCAAUUUUGGUUUCAUCUCUUUAGUCUCCAUCGUUGUGUUGUACGCGCACAUCUUCCGGGCCAUGCUUUGGAUGCCGUCUUCCAAGGCCUGGACCAAAGCCUUCUCCACCUGCCUGCCCCACCUCAUAGUCGUCACCAUCUUCAUCUCUACGGCCACCAUUGCCUACUUCAAGCCCGUGUAA